AUGGCACCCAAGAAGAAGGGUAAUAAGAGACAGGAGGAGGAUUGGGAGGCUGAUCUCGGCGAAUCUGCUCCCGCUGUCGAUGCCCCAGUCGAUGCGCAGCCCCAAGAAGAUCAGAAUGAGGAAGAGGCACCAGUCGGUGGCCUCAUGGCUGCUCUGAGAAAGAACAAGGCCAAGAAGGCUAAGAAGGGCAAGGUCAACGAUUUUGUUGAGGGUGAAGACGCCGAGGGUGCCGACUCUCUGGCUAGCAAGCAGCCCGAGGAGGGCAAUUUCGAUGACGACGAUGUUUUCGCCGGCAAGAAGACUAAGCCCAUCAAGGAGGUUGUCAAGCCUGUCGUGGCAGAGCCCGAGGGCGAGUUCCGCGUGAAGAGCAAGAAGGAGAAGGAGCGUGAAAAGAAGGAGAAGGAGAAGCAGCGCAAGAAGGAGCAGGCUGCCCAAAAGAAAAAGCUUACCCCAGCGCAAGAGAAGGCCGAAGCCAAGAAGACUGCUGCCGCCGAGGCCAAGAAGGAAGAACUUGCCGCCGCCACACCAGUCGCAGAGACUGGUAAGAAAAAGAAACUCCCUCCUCACUUGGCAGCUCUACAGAAGCAACAGGAGGCUCUUCGACAGCAGCGUGAGGAGGAGGAGCGAAUUCUAGCGGAAGAGAAGGCUGCCGCAGCCAAGCAAAAACUUCUCGAUGAGGAGGAAGAGAAGAAGCGCGCAGAGGCUCGUGAGCGCAAGAAGGAGAAGGAGCGCGAGAAGAAAGAGCAGCUCCGCAAAGAAGGCAAGCUGCUUACCAAGGCUCAGAAGGAGGCCAAGGAGCGCAACGAACUGCGUAUGCAGCAAAUGAUUGCCGCCGGUGGCAAGGUCGCUGGCUUGCAGGAGGGCGGUGAGAAGAAGGCGCGUCCUGUCUAUGAGAACAAAAAGAAGAGAGCUGGCAAGAAGCAGGAAGAGGACCUCGAGGCCGCUGCCGCUCGGGCUCAGGCUCAGCGUGAGGCCGAGGAUGAACGCCGGAAGAAGGAGGCUGAGGAGAAGGCCAAGGCCGAGGCUGCUGCCGCUACCGCUGCUCAAGGAGAUGAAGAUGCCAUUGAGGACUGGGAGCAGGCUGCCGACGAGGACGUCAAGGACAGCUGGGACGCUGAGUCAGAUGAGGAAGAAAAGCCUGUGGCUGAGACACCCGCCGCUGUAGAGAAGAAGGAGGAAGAAGAAGAAGAAUCUGAGUCCGACUCGGACGAUUCAUCUGACGAAGACUCAUCUGACGAAGAGCAGAGCGCAAACCAGAAGGCCAUUAUGGCAAGAAAGGCUGAGGCAGCAGAGCGGAGAAAGGCUAAGCACGAGGAGGCUAUGGCAGCUCGUUCAAAGGAUGAUCUCCGUUCCCCUAUUUGCUGUAUUCUUGGUCACGUCGAUACUGGUAAGACUAAGUUGCUUGACAAGAUUCGCCAGACCAACGUGCAGGAGGGCGAAGCAGGUGGUAUUACCCAGCAGAUCGGUGCCACUUACUUCCCUGUCGAUGCCCUGCGCACCAAGACCACCGUUGUCAACAAGGAUGGCAAGUUCGAGUUCAAGAUCCCCGGUCUGUUGAUUAUCGAUACUCCCGGUCACGAGUCCUUCUCCAACCUGCGUUCAAGAGGUUCCUCCCUUUGCAACAUUGCUAUCCUGGUUGUGGAUAUCAUGCACGGUCUCGAGCCCCAAACCCUCGAGUCCAUGCGCUUGCUGCGUGAUCGCAAGACUCCUUUCAUUGUUGCAUUGAACAAGAUCGAUCGUCUCUAUGGCUGGAAGAAGAUCGACAACAACGGCUUCGAAGACAGUCUGGCUAUGCAGAACAAGGGCGUCCAGAACGAGUUCCGCAGUCGUCUUGAGGCGACCAAGCUUGCUUUCGCCGAGCAGGGUUUCAACUCCGAGCUGUUCUUCGAGAACAAGUCUCUGUCUCGCAACGUCUCUCUCGUUCCCACCUCCGCCCACACUGGAGAAGGUGUUCCUGACAUGCUGAAGCUCCUUACUAGCCUGACCCAGGAGCGUAUGACCAACUCGCUGAUGUAUCUGUCUGAGGUCGAGUGUACCGUCCUGGAGGUCAAGGUCAUUGAGGGUCUUGGUACCACCAUUGAUGUUAUCCUGUCCAACGGUGUUCUUCGCGAGGGUGAUCGUAUCGUGAUGUGCGGUCUCAAUGGACCUAUUACAACAAAUAUUCGUGCUCUUCUGACACCAGCACCGCUUAAGGAACUGCGUCUGAAGUCUCAGUAUGUUCACAACAAGGAGGUCAAGGCCGCCCUCGGUGUGAAGAUUGCUGCCAACGACCUGGAGCACGCUAUCGCCGGUUCUCGCAUGCUUGUCGUCGGCCCUGACGAUGAUGAGGAGGAUCUCGAGGAGGAGGUCAUGUCCGAUUUGGAGCAACUUCUGAGCCGCGUCUCUACAGAUCAGCGUGGUGUCACCGUCCAGGCCUCCACCCUGGGUUCUCUUGAGGCUCUUCUGGAGUUCCUCAAGGUGUCUAAGAUUCCUGUUGCUAAUAUCUCCAUCGGUCCCGUUUACAAGCGUGAUGUCAUGAUGGCCGGAACCAUGCUUGAGAAGCACAAGGAAUUCGCUGUCAUGCUGUGCUUCGAUGUCAAGGUUGAUAAGGACGCAAUGGCCUAUGCCAACGAGAUUGGUGUCAAGGUCUUCACGGCAGACAUCAUUUACCACUUGUUCGAUAGCUUCACUGAGCACAUGGCUCAGCUCACCGAGCAGCGUAAGGAGGAGGCUAAGCUCCUUGCCAUCUUCCCCUGUGUCAUCAAGCCCAUUGCUGUCUUCAACAAGACUGACCCCAUCGUUAUCGGUGUUGAUGUCAUCGAAGGAAGCCUGCGUCUCCACACUCCUCUGGCUGCGGUCCGGACCAACGCCGCUGGUGUGAAGGAGAUUGUCGAUAUCGGCAGAGUCACAUCCAUCGAGCGUGAUCACAAGGCUGUCCCAGUCUGCAAGAGAGGCCAGCCCUCUGUCGCCGUCAAGGUCGAGGGUCCUAACCAGCCCAUGUACGGUCGUCACCUCGAAGAGAAGGACCAGCUGAUCUCGCACAUCUCGCGUGCCAGUAUCGACACCCUCAAGGAGUUCUACCGAUCCGAUGUCUCUAUGGAGGAGUGGGCUCUGGUCAAGAAGCUCAAGCCCGUCUUCGACAUUCCUUGA